AUGUUAAUGUUGUACAGACCGGUGACAGGAUCGCACUUCAGAUUCGCCACAAUCAGCUGUGCACCAUCUCCGGGUAAUGCACUACAGGCGCGCUGUUCUUGGCGGUCGUCUUGGAGAUUAAAUGACGGUCCUUGUGGCAACCCAUGCACGGAAGCUGACAUAGGGCAACUGUCCAAUAGGGUACUGGGAAACUGGCGGUGCUUUAUAGGCUGCGGACCAGUAACAAACGUUGCCCCACAUCGAUACUUCCUCACUGCCAUAGACAGGAGCGACUUUUGGCAACAGGGAUACAAUGACUUUACAUUUAAUCUGCCAAAUGCCGGGGUGUUCACGGUUGGAUAUACAGGUUGUUGCUGGGUAACGUUGGCCAAUGGAGGGGGAAGCUGGGUCGUUAUAACCGAAUAUAAUGCCGGCAUUCGAAGUGACACGGGAACACCAAACUCCAGUCCCAUAACCACAAGCAAGCCACUUAUUGACUUGGACAUUACAUGCGGAUAUCGAUUUGAGAUCCCGUACGCGGAUGCAGACGGAGAUACUGUGCAAUGUCGCUGGGCAACGGGCAUUGAGUGUGGUGGUAUAUGUAGCAGACUUCCAGGGGCCACUUUGUACCCAAAUUGUACUCUAGUAAUCCCGGCUUCUGCACGGCCUCUGUACGGUAACGGUCUAUAUGGAGUAGCAAUAAUGUUGGAAGAUUUCCCAACGACCAGUAUAACACAGGGGGGAGUGCCAAAAGACGAACUGACUCCGCUGUCAAAGGUACCAUUACAGCCGAUAACUGAUGUGAUGUGCAGUGGCAAUGAUCGCUACACCCUGAAUGUCACUGUGGUCCACUACUGCAAUGCUGGGGUCUGCGCUGAAUUCACCACAAGUAAUACUGUAUUCUCCGACUGCACUGUAGCUAACUCUUAUCAGAAUGUAAGCACAGAGACGCUAUGCAGCGUGGCAGACACGGUGUCUCCAAUCUGUACGUUCAAUCCGUUCUUCCUCUUCUUCACGACCUCUGGAUACCGUUGUAUGUGCCCACUGGGGUCGUACCCAUUCAUAUUCCCCUUCUCUUAUGUUAGCAGUGCAUCCACGGCGGUGUCGGCGUGUUUUCCAAUCUCUGGUUCCUAUUGCACAACG